GGCGGGCCGGGAGGGAGAUGGGAGCGAAAGCGUUGACGGUUGCUUGCUGUGUGUAGUGUGUGUUAAGUUGAGGAGUGCGUGUUAAGUUGUGCGGUGUGGACGGGAAGAGCACAGAGUCGACCCUUUUCGUUCCGCUUCAAGGGGAGGCAUGAUCUCGCCAUUCCGCUGAUCGCAGGAACACACCGGGGUAGAGGUGUUGUGUUUGUGUUGAGGUGAACCAGAGGUUGUUUGGUGCGUGUGUUCGAUCAGGUGCUCUUCUUCAAACCGCCGUGUGCUAGGAGGAAGAGCCUACCUAACGGCAAACCACCACCGGUUCCCCUUCAACGUGUGGAACCGGAUAUUGGAUAUUUGGUGAGAGAGUCUGAGCUGGGAGAAGAGAAGGAAAACAGACCGGAAACACCUAGAACCUGCCACAGGUUGGGGUGAUCAGGGGUUGGGAGCUGGGCAGAGCGGCUGUCUCCCUGCCUGCCCAUGAAGAGCUCCCAGCGGCCCCGGCGGCCCGACAGCAGCCCAGACAAGACAGGUGCUUCGGUAAAGGAGUUGAAAAAGAAGAAUCCCCACAAAAGACAUAAGAGUGCCGUGGGGUCCCCCAGCAUCCCGGGACCCCCCAGAAUCAACCUGGUGGGACGCCGCAUCCAGCACGUGUGGACAGACGGACAUGUGGUCUGGAAGGGGACGGUGCUGGAACAGGUGCCGGUGAAACCCUCUCUGUACCUGAUCAAGUACGACGGCUUUGACUGUGUGUACGGCUUGGAGCUGCACCGUGACCCCCGGGUGAAGGACCUGGUGGUCGGGGAGCGGGCAGGUUCAGCCCAGAAGCGCCUCAGCGACACGGAGCUGGCUCAGACCAUGAUCGGCAGGGCGGUGGAGCACAUGUUUGAGAUGGAGGAGGGCCCCAAGGAGGAGUGGAGGGGCAUGGUGCUGGCCCGCAACCCCAUCAUGACCACGUGGUUCUACAUCACCUACGAGAAGGACCCCGUGCUCUACAUGUACCAGCUGCUGCAGGACUACAAGGAGGGGGACCUCACCAUCAUGCCAGACUCCAACGACAAUGUGGCCGUGGAGCGGGAGCCGGGCGAGGUGGUGGACAGCCUGGUGGGGAAGCAGGUGGAGUACGCCAAGGAGGACGGGGGCAAGCGCUCGGGCAUGGUCAUCCACCAGGUGGAGGCCAAGAACUCCGUCUACUUCAUCAAGUUUGAUGACGACUUCCUCAUCUACGUGUACGACCUGGUGAAGACCUCCUGAGCCCCGGCCUGGGGGCUAGAGGUUUGAGCUGCUGAACCAUCCGGCUGGAAGGAGAACGAUUUGUACUGGUCAUCCCAAACCACCUGCCGUCUAAAACCUAAAUCCAACAGUCAAAGUCAACCGAUACUCAGAGCAUUCAACUCACUAACAACUGGCCGGUGGCCAGGCCUUCUGUUCUUCUUACAAAUCUCUCAAACAAUAACAUCUUUCACAUGUAUUGACAUCUAUAACUCUUGAUAUAACAUAUUAGUUUUCUAUGGAUAAUACACUGGACGUCCUCUGGAUGUUUGGUCAUCAUAUGAUAGUAGCCUAAAUGUGGUGUCUUCUUUUGGUUUAAAGGCGGCAUAACAGUGCAGUGAUUUUAAUAGACGCAUGUGGACAUAAUUCAAGCUUACAUGUGGCCACCAUGCAUUAACCUUUUCAUUUUGUUUUGUGUGGAGAAUAUUGCAAAUAUUGUUUAAUUGGUAGGAAAUAAAAAGAUCAUUUUGACAGA